AAACUCAUAAACAUCUACCAACAUUCAUCAGCACUUAGCCAUGGACUUACACAGCUUUUGGGUGUAUAAUCAUUUGAUAUAUUUUUUUACAAUGCAAAUUUUCUUCAAAUUUUUUUUUUCAAAUUAUACACGAUAAAAUAAAUAUGUAUAAUUAUGCCUUUUUGUUUAGCAUUUUCUCCCAGUGGCAUUCAGCAGAUGACAGCCUAAUGCAUCUAACAUGCAUUCAAAGUUUGAUUUUUUUUUUAUUUUUUUUUUUAAAGACGUGUAUUGAUAGGGUAUCAUUUGACCGGCACUGGUUUUUUGGAUAAUUUUUUUGUGAGGAAAUCGUCGAUAUAGGGCCUGUCCUAUUUUAAAUGUGCCGUUGUGACUAUGAAUAUGUGUAAAUAUUUACGCAUUUCUUUACACCAGAGCUCUGAACCAAUGACUGGCCAGACCGCAAACAUCAAAGCGGAGACCAGCCAAUCAGAGCUUUCCUGAGCAAAGCACGGGGAGCGUUUUACCUGGGGAGUAUUUAAUUGGAUGCAUCUCUUCUAGUCUCGGGCGUAUUUUGACUGAAGAGCUCGCGCAGUUUGGAUAUAUAUAUAUUUUUUUUUUUCCGUGUUGGAGACGAUUGGAUAGCAGAAUGGCAUCUGGGUCUGGUGACUGUCCGGAACAGAGCAUCCAGUAUCGGGUGGAUCAUUUAUUAACUGCGGUAGAAAAUGAACUUCAAGCUGGCAGCGAGAAAGGAGAUCCAACAGAAAGGGACCUUAAAGUCAGUUUGGAUGAAAAUGAACUUUGGAAGAAGUUCAAAGAACUGACGAAUGAAAUGAUAGUGACCAAGAAUGGCAGGCGCAUGUUCCCAGUGCUAAAGGUGAAUGUGUCCGGUCUGGACCCAAACGCCAUGUACUCCUUCUUGCUGGAUUUCGUGGCAGCAGACAAUCACAGGUGGAAGUAUGUGAACGGUGAAUGGGUACCGGGUGGCAAACCCGAGCCACAAGCCCCGAGCUGCGUCUACAUCCAUCCAGACUCGCCAAACUUCGGUGCGCACUGGAUGAAAACCUCAGUCUCCUUCAGUAAAGUCAAACUCACCAACAAACUGAACGGAGGUGGUCAGAUUAUGCUGAACUCGCUGCACAAGUAUGAGCCACGUAUUCACAUAGUGCGCGUUGGUGGUCCACAGAGAAUGAUCACCACUCAUUCUUUCUCUGAGACACAAUUCAUAGCAGUUACUGCCUACCAGAAUGAAGAGAUUACUGCUCUCAAAAUUAAAUACAAUCCAUUCGCCAAAGCUUUCCUGGAUGCCAAAGAAAGAAGUGAUCAUAAGGACAUAAUAGAUGAUGUCAGUGAAAGUCAACAGUCUGGCUAUUCUCAAUUAAGUAGCUGGUUUCUGCCAGCCACAGGGUCUCUCUGUCCUUCUGCAAACCCUCAUGCACAGUUUGGCAGCCCACUAUCUCUAUCCUCACCCCAUGGCUGUGAACGUUACUCGACUCUGAGAAGUCACCGGUCCACACCAUACCCCAGCCCAUAUGCACACCGGACUGCCUCUCCCACUGGUUACUCUGAAAGCUCAACAUGUCUCUCCAUGUUGCCGUCUCAUGAUAACUGGUCCAGCCUUCAGAUGUCCUCCCACUCCAGUGUGCUCCCAAUGGGCCACAGCUCUCCCCCAAACUCAAAUUCUAGUCAGUACACCAGCUUGUGGUCUGUAGGGAACACACCUCUGACCCCAGCGUCUCAGGCUGGAAGUAUGACCAGCGGUCUGGGCUCCCAGUUUCUCCGCGGCUCUGCCAGUCACUACAGCAGCCUGACUCACCCAGCGCCCUCUUCUGGCUCUCCUUUAUAUGACUCCACAGCUGUGCCUGAGGUGCACGAGGCUUCACAAUAUGACAGUUCAGCCCAUGUACGCCUUCCUACAGCCUGGACCCAAAUCACACCGUCCUCCUUGUAGGAAGUUGACCCUACGGACUAAAUUAAAGCUGUGUAUAGUUGAACUAUUGCUUUUGUGCAAUAGCUUUUGACACCUAUAUAUUAGAUCAACUGGUUUUCAGUGGAAGUGACUCAAGUUGGUGUGAUUUUUAUUCUUUACACACAAAACUAAUUUCAAGAUUUGUAUGCUUUACAUUCAAAACUAAAGACUUAACUGAAUUCUUUCUUUCUUCAAAACUCAAUUUGUAAACAAGUGUUAUAUGAUUUUGUCUUUGAGUAAUGCUAAUUCAACCAGUGGAAGCCAUGUGGGGUUUAUAAAUAUGCAAGUCAUCAUUUUAAGGCAUAUUGUACAUAAGGCUUAUUUAUUUUGUCUUGUUAUGAAGGAAACUAUGUGCACAUUUGUGAAGAAAAACUUUUGUAAAAAGAAUAAAUGUUUAUAUUUUUGCAUUUGAAUUCAGCAUAUAUAAAAAUGUAAAUGCUCUUCAAAUUGUGUUAUUUAACACAUUUCUGUACAUUUAUUUAACAACCUGAUUUUUUUUUCUUGCUGCAUAUUUAGUAAGUUAAUGUGGUUUAAAGAUAAACUUAGUCUAAGAAAGUUUUGCAGAAAAUUGAAAGAUGAACAUUGCUAUUGGAAAAAUUAAAAAUGAACAACCAUACUCUAUACAAGUUACAAAUAAAAAUGUCAAUUGAUAAAAGAA